AUGGCCCAUCGCGUAUUACUGCAGCCGCCAGAAAAGUUUUAUUUUGAGCACCGUCAGCUUGGGCAAGCCUGGAAAGCGUGGAAACAGAGGUUUCUGAUCUACAUUGAUGCGGCUGACUAUGACACAGCUUCCAACAAGAAGAAGAUAUCGUUGCUGUUACAUGCCAUAGGAUCCGAAGGUAUCGACCUAUAUAACACUUUCCAGUUUUUGGCGGCAGAUCGUGAAAACCCAGAUGAUGAUACCUCGACCCAGGUCACGUUUGCAAGCGUGCUGCAGAAAUUCACCGAUCAUUUUCUGCCCAGAGUCAAUGUCACGUUUGAACGACAUUUGUUUUUUGUUCGGGAUCAAGCGGAGGGCGAAUCAGCGGAUCGUUACGUGACGGCACUCCGCACCCUUGCCAGGACGUGUGAUUUCGGUACGUUGUGUGAUUCCUUGAUUAGAGAUCGUUUUGUGUGCGGGUUGCAGGAUGCAGUUCUUAUGGAGCGGCUUUUGCGUACUGCUGAUCUCACGUUGCAAAAAGUCAUUGAUUCAGCCCGCGCUUCCGAAGUGGCUCGCGCGCAACGGAAGAGGCAGUCUGUAGGACGUUGUGCUCGUUGUGGCUAUAAACAUGGCGCGAGACGUUGUCCAGCGUUGGGUAAGACAUGCUAUUCGUGUAAGGGAAUCGGGCGUUUUACAUCCAUGUGCCGCACAAAGAAGGGGGCGACGGUGCAAACCGUCUCACAAGACACAGAAGAGGGAGGAGAGGAUGUUGUCUAUACUGUGGGGCCCCAGUCCCCAUCAAAUGAGGAAGCAGCUAGAGAUGAUGCGCCACGGUUUGAGGUGGAUACCUUGGGUACCAAGGGCCCUACGUGGCAAUGUGAUCUGAUGACUGAUGGCCAAAGGGUUGACACUGGAGCGCAAGUGAAUCUCUUGCCACAUGAGGUGUAUCGAAAGUUAUCUCCCCGACCGCAGUUGCAUCCUACUCGUUCACGGCUGUUUGCUUAUGGUGCAGAUUCCCCUAUACCGAUAAAGGGCCAAUGUAUUUGCAGUGUGCGGUUGCCCCAGGGAGAAACAAGGAAAUUGCGAUUUCAUGCGCUGUCACAGGAAGUUGCAGCUGUGCCGCUGUUGGGCUUGCAAGCUUGUGAGCAACUGGGGCUGAUUAAGAGAGUCUUGGCAGCCACUCAUGACAUGACAACGGAAAAGGAGAGUGAUGACAGUUUGGAGGAGGUUCGAGGAGAUUCUGUGGCGUCGGAUUUUAUGGAUUUGUUUGCUGGAUUUGGUUUAAUGAAGGACUACACUUACCAAAUUGCUCUGAAGAAUGCAAAGCACCCCUACGUUUUGGCAACAGCACGUCGUGUCCCAUACCACCUAUAUGAGCAGGUGCAAAGGGAGUUGCAGCGAAUGUUGAGACUGGGCGUCAUCGAAGAAGUGAAUGAGCCAACAAGUUGGUGUAGUCCAAUGGUCGUAGUACCGAAGAAAGACCGUUCAGUUCGAAUAUGUGUUGAUUACACCCGCCUGAAUGAAGAUGUCCAACCUGAACGUUACCAGCUACCAUUAUCAGAAGAAAUAUUUUCGAAAUUAGCUGGUGCAAAAUAUUUUACCACACUGGAUGCCGCUGCUGGGUUCUGGCAGAUACCAUUGCACGCUUCAUCGUCGGAUCUGACCACAUUUAUUACGCCCUUCGGCAGGUUUAGGUUCACGCGUUUGCCGUUUGGCCUCAGUUCUGGUCCGGAAGUAUUCCAGAGGGCCAUGCAGCAUGUUUUGCAGAAGAGAGAUGGUGUUGCGUGCUUUAUCGAUGAUAUACUGAUAUGGGGUUCAAGCAAGGAAGAGCACGACAAACGAUUACGUCAGGUGAUGGAGCGGCUCAGGGUUUGCAAUGUUCGCUUGCAGCCAGAGAAGUGCAAGUUUCGCCAGUCUAGCAUUACAUACUAUGGACAUACCUUAACACAGAAAGGGGUGGCAGUCAGCAGGGACAGGCUUCGCGCUAUUACAGAGAUGAAACGGCCAGCCUCCAAGGAAGAGGUCAGGCGUCUGUUGGGCUUGGUCGCGUAUGUGCCGAAAUUUCUACCUCGACAUUCGCAGGAAUCAGCUCCUUUGCGCCAGUUGUUGAAAGAUGAGGCGGCAUGGCAAUGGACACCAGUUCAAGAAGAUGCCUGGAUGAAAAUAAAAGAAAUGGUAGUAGGAGCUCCCGUUCUGGCGUAUUAUAGGCAAAGAGAUCCCACGAUUGUAUCCUGUGAUCCAUCUUCUUUUGGAAUAGGUGCAGUGCUCCUGCAACUUCAAAGUGAUGGACGGCGCGCACCCAUUACGUACGUAUCUCGAGCUUUAUCGUCCACAGAACAGCGUUACUCUCAGAUUAAAAAGGAAUGCCUAGCCAUGACAUGGGCGUGUGAGAAGUUCCACUGUUAUUUAUUUGGCAGCGAGGAGCGGUUUGUCAUUGAAACAGAUCAUAAACCGCUUGUCUCAAUAAUGAAUGUUCAAAGCUUGGAUGAAUGCCCACCUAGGUUGAUGAGAAUGAAGCUUCGAUUGAUGCGCUACAGCUUUGAGGUGCAAUACGUUCCGGGAAAAUGUCUGGCGGUAGCAGAUGCUUUAUCAAGAGCACCAGUGGAUGACGAGGAUCCAAGAAUUGAGAAAGUGGUCCAGGAUCACGUCGCUAUAGUUACCGAAUGCUUGCCAGAGUCAGAUCUUCAGUUGCAGAAAAUGAGAGAAGCAACUCUGAGGGAUUCUCAACUAACUAUACUUCAUCGUGUCCUCCAGACAAGUUGGCGUACUCGCCACAAUUUGCAAAAAGAACUUCAACGCUUUUGGCCUUACCAGCAUCUGCUGACACAGGUGCAGGGAUUGAUUAUGCGAGGGACUCAGAUUGUCAUUCCUCGUAGUCUGCGCAAAGAGAUGUUGGCCAGGGCUCACGAGGGCCAUCAGGGUAUUGCUAAAACCAAAGCUCGUUUGCGUGAGACAAUGUGGUGGCCAGGCAUGUGCAAUAAGGUGGAGCAAAUGAUGGCAUGCUGUGACGUCUGUGGUUGUUACCGUCACCAGCAGCGAAAGGAACCUCUGAUUUCUACACCUUUACCACAGCUACCGUGGGAACGGGUGGCAGCGGAUCUCUUUGAACUGCAGGGCGACCAUUAUUUGUUAGUAGUUGACUACUACUCACGUUUUCCGGAAGUCAGAAAACUGUCAAGUAUGCGGGCCGUAAAUGUCAUCCAGGCCUUUAAAGGAAUUUUAAAGGAAUUUUCUCUUGUCAUGGAAUUCCGAUAG